GUUUAUCCAGGAGCCUCAUAGACCGGUACAGUACCCUACAGGUACGAUAAGUUAGACCCAGCUCACAUCUCAUCUCCCUAUCUACCAUACCCGUAUCACACUCCAGUUCAAGCACCCUCCCCGCCUCACCAUUACCGACAGCAAACAAUAUUUUCUUCCAAAGCCACUUCGACAAAAUGGAUAACAUUGGGAAUAUGCUCGGCCUCAGCAAUAAUGCUACAAAAGAGGAACGCAAGCAGGCAUUUAAUGUCAACAAAUGCCCCAACAUUCGAACAUUGAAAACGCCCGCACAUUGAUUGAAAAAAUCAACGAAAAAUGCUUUGAAAAGUGCGUUCCUAAGCCGGGAACCAGUCUAUCUUCUGGGGAAAGUACUUGCUUGACGACUUGCAUGCAGAAGUAUAUGCAGGCAUGGAACGCGGUGUCCCAGGCUUAUAUUUCUAGGAUUAAGUCGGAUCCGAGAGGGAAUUAGAGUGGGAGAUGGGGUGGAUAGAAACAAAAACAAAUAAACACAAACAAAAUCGUGGGUUCGCUUUGUUAGACAUAUGUUCUUCGAGAGCGCUUGCGCCCUAUGUUGGUUGGAAGAUUCGGCAACUCUUGGGCCUAUUAUAUAUAUCCCAUUGGGAGCACUCGAGAAAUAGAUAGGGCAACAGCAGUGUCAUUUUUGUCCCC